AUUUUAGGCUACGUUUAUGACCGAGCGGAUUCGCGUCGCGCGAUGCGAUGAAAAUCGCUACUAGCGAUCAAAUACAUAAAUCCAUAUCGAAGUGUUUAUCGUGCAGCGAUUCAGCGAAAAGCGGUUUCAGCGAAAAUGGAGCGACUGCUAGCGACGAAAAUCAGCGAUCAAAAUUUUUGAUUCAGUUGAGCGAAUCGCGUUAAACACGAUGGACAAAUUUAUUGAAAAAGUGCGAAAUAAAGAAUGUUUGUGGAAUCUGCGUCAUCCAGAUUAUCAUAAUAGAAACAAAAUCAGAAAAGCUUGGGAAGAAGUUGAGAAAGAAUGCGGUUUGGAAGCUGGCUCUGGUGCAAAAAAAUGGAAAAACUUGAAAGACACCUAUCGUAGAGAACUUCGUAAGGAAACUGUGGUUGCUUCAGGCAGCGCUGCAAUGCCGCAAUCAAAAUGGACACAUUUUAAGGAUAUGUGUUUUUUACAAGAUACUAUGGAAUCGCGCUCCAUGUCAGGUAACUUGAUCAAUGAAACAAGUUGUGAUGAAUUGGUGGAACUUGAUGAUGAAGAUAAAUCAGAAACUCCUGAAUCCAUAAAAUUGAUGCAGCCUACACCUAAAAAAUUAAAGAAAAAACUUACAGAAAGCUCAGCGUUUUUGGAGUUGGAGGAAAAGAAGCUUAAGCUUCUAGAAAAAAGCAACGAUGAGGAGGAUGAUGAUUACCAUUUUCUUAUGAGUUUCAAAAAGUACAGUUAA